AUGCCUCGUCCAGCCCCAAAACGAAAGUCAGCCAAGGCGAGCAAGGCUAGUACUGCCAAACCUAGUGUUGUCAUCGAAACGCGCAAAAAAAAUGACUCCCAUCCAUCACCUACGAUAGAACGCGAUUCGACAUUGGAUCCCCGCCCAGACCAUAGCCAAACACCUUUAGCCAAAAGCCAUGAACAAGCGCUCGAGUCCUCGCCUACGGGCGAUCGGCCUGGUACAGCCAGUCGUCCAGGAACAGGCAGCCGACCUCCAACCCGAUCUCGUGGCUAUUCUUCUACAUUAUCCUUUGCGGGUCGAAAAGGCGAUGGAAACUCAAGGGCUCCAGGUACGCCGGGGUUUGAAACCUCAGUAUUGAGCAAUUUCCGGCGCCGACCCCGGCAACAGAGUAUUCUGCAAAUGAUGCAAGCGGAGGAUGGCUCAUCGGAUCUGGAUGAUGAUGACUUUUUGGGAGGAUUAACUCCUCAGGAUGAAUCUACCCCGCUGAACGUCUCGCGCGGCAAAUCUCUUCUUGUUCAACUUGAAAAAUCACCCUCGCCUGAGGACUCAACUCCUUCAUCGGGUGGCUCUCGGAAACGCAAGCGUGAGGAAAUCCAAGUACCUGAGUCCUCGGCUGAACAAUCCCAGGCGAUUGUUCCAGAUUCGCCUAGUGUGCACCAGUCCAUUUUGGAUUCUCCCACACGCCAGUUUCUUCAGGAUUCACCCGGCAGACAGUCCCUUCCAGAGUCACCCAGUGCUACACCAGUCCCACGCAGAUCUCCGAUACAUUCCUUAGAAGAGACUGAAGCAGAAAGCACACCUCGACCACUACCCCUUCCAUUCUCAGACAUAUUGAGCCAGACUUUUGCGCCACCCGCCAGUAGUCCAGCGAUGAGCUCACGAAGCUCCACGAUAGGUCCCAAUGCCGGGGAUAAGAAAUCCAAAUUGACUCAACUUUCUACGGCGAUACUUCAAAACAAGUUCUUACCUUUACGAAGACCGCGUCGCCGUCAACGCGGUGCAGCGAGUGAAUUCGAUCUCCCGAGUGAUGAAAGCGACGGUGGGAUGCACUCUGCAGCCUCGGGUGAUGAGGAUGAGCUUAACUAUCUCCCCGUUCGAAAAACACGCCGUGCUCGCUCAAGCAAGCCCAACUCUAAACCCAAACCACUUGGCCGUAAACGGUCCCAAUCCAACCAAAAACAAAAGAAGAAUCAACCCAGAUCUGCUUCGGGUACAAAGCCAUCAGCACCACAAGACCCUGCCAGUCAUUCAAAUUCAAAUACCGGGGGAGAGGUUGAUAAGGAGAAUGAUUUAAAUCCUACAUCACGCGCCUCUUCGCGUCUCUCUUCUCCCGGCUCAAAUGCCUCUGAUUCUGAGGUAGGCACAGGACGACGAUAUAUGAGUGCAGAAUUACGAGCGGCGGCAAAGAAAUUUGCAGAGAUUGAUCAGUGGGAGAUGGAAUUCGAGGAGGUUUCUGCUUCUGAAAUGACGGGGAGUCCAAGGUGA